AUGUAUCCCCUCGCCUGCGUAGACGGGUAUAAGAUCCCAGCGAGGGAGGAGGUGUACGUGCUCGACAUCAUCCCCUUACUACCAGGUCCGGCCACGAUCUCGUCGGACCAGAAGCUCUUGCUAUUCAAUCCUACAACGCUCAAGUCGGGCCCGCUCCUCAACCUCUCCACUCGCCAUGGCAACAUCACCUGUGCCAAGGCCUUCGACGUUGGAGGCGCUACCGUGUGCACGGCCGGAGAGGACGGCGGCGUGUCGAUGUGGGACUUGAGGCGGGAUCCGCGCCAUGCCGAGGUCGCUAGAUUGUCAGGUAAUCAAGUCCCCGUGUUAUCUCUUGCCUGCUCCAGCGCCGGGUUCUCCGUCGUAGCUGGCACCGAGCUGCAGGGCCACCAAGCCUCCAUCUUGAUAUGGGACGUUCGCGCAAUGCCGACGCCGAAGCUUCGCUACCAGGACGUCCACAGUGACGACAUCACAGAGCUGAAUUUCCAUCCUACCAGCCACGACAUCCUCCUAUCCGGAUCGACAGAUGGCCUCGUCAACAUCUGCGACACGCGGAUAGCCGACGAGGAUGAAGUUGUGAUUCAAACCUUUAACCACGAUGCCUCGAUCCACCACGCCGCAUUUCUCAACGACACUGAGGUGUUCGCCGUGUCCCACGAUGAAAAGCUGGCUCUCUACGACAUGGCCGAAGGUGCCGAGAAGGGAGCGGCGACGACCGACUUUGGAGACAUGAGAAAGGUCCUAGGCUGCCAGUAUAUUGCCAACAUCUUCGUCAAGUCUAACGGUGCCGGCGCGGUGAUCGGCGCGGGGACCCAUGAUCAGCAAGCGUUCGAGAUGGUCCACCUGACGAAGGGUCAGGGUUGGGACCUUGACCGGGAUAACAGCGUAGGCCUGCCCGGGGCGCACUCGUCGGAGAUCGUUCGAAGUUUCUGCUUCUACGAUGAGGCGCAGGUGGUAUUUAGCGCAGGCGAAGACGGACAUGUCAAAGCCUGGAAACCCAAUUCAUAG